AUGCCUCCUGCCGUUUGUCGGCCUCCGUGCAAUAAAUAAGCUCUCCCGAAAGGCCGCGAGGCUUUGGGAUCUUGCGAGUCCUAUUUAAAGGAGGACCUGGUCUUCAUUGGAUCGCAUCCAGUGCUUUCUUGGGGUUUUUGGAUCUGUGAAAAGGAGCCUCGCGCAUCCGGGUCCGGGCGGGUUUUGGGGGAUUUCUUUCCCCUUUUUUUUCUUUUCUUUUCUUUUUUUUUUUUUUUUUUUGCUGAGAAGAUGACGUUAGGGGCGGGUAUAUCGAUUGCGGAUGGGAAUUUGAUGGUGCUGGGGACCAAGAUCUUGUCGGAUGUUCAUGGGAAUGUCCUCUUGACGCCGGCCUGUGGGAAUGGGAUGAUGAACGGGGCUUUCAUCGGCGUCAGAUCCGAUCAGGCUAGGAGUCGCAAUGUCUUCCCUGUCGGAAAGCUUCAGGAUUUACGGUUCAUGUGCACAUUCCGGUUCAAGCUGUGGUGGAUGACUCAGAGGAUGGGUUCGUUCGGCCGAGACAUCCCCUUUGAAACCCAGUUCCUGAUUGUUGAGGGAAGCGAUGGCUCUCACUUUGGGGGGGGGAAUGAAGAUGGGUUGGGGCAAUCUGCAGUCUAUACUGUGUUCUUGCCAAUCCUUGAGGGAGCCUUUCGAGCAGUUCUUCAGGGAAACGCAAAUGAUGAGCUGGAAAUUUGUUUGGAGAGUGGUGAUCCAGCAGUUGAAGCAUUUGAAGGAACACAUUUAGUUUUCAUGGGAGCCGGAUCAGACCCAUUUGAGGUUAUUACAGAUGCAGUAAAGACUGUUGAGAGGCAUUUACAAAGUUUCUCUCACCGGGAAAAGAAGAAGAUGCCAGAUAUGUUAAACUGGUUUGGCUGGUGCACAUGGGAUGCCUUUUAUACUAAUGUGACUGCUGAGGGGGUUAAACAGGGACUAGAAAGUUUAGAGAAAGGUGGAAUUCCUCCAAAGUUUGUUAUAAUUGAUGAUGGUUGGCAAUCUGUGGCUAUGGAUCCUAAUGGUAUUGCUUCCGAGGCAGAUAAUGCAGCAAACUUUGCAAACAGGCUAACCCAUAUUAAGGAAAACCACAAAUUCCAGAAAAAUGACAAAGAGGGUCGCCAAGAUGAAGAUCCUGUGAAUGGCCUUGCUCACAUCGUCACUGAAAUCAAGGAAAAGCAUGACCUAAAGUAUGUUUAUGUGUGGCAUGCAAUUACCGGGUACUGGGGUGGAAUAAGGCCAGGUGUUACUGGAAUGGAACAUUACGAGUCCAAGUUGCAAUACCCCAUUUCAUCACCAGGAGUUCAGUCGAAUGAACAUUGUGAUUGUUUGAAUAGCAUAACAACCAAUGGCCUUGGCCUUGUGAACCCAGAGCAAGUGCACAAUUUCUACAAUGAACUCCAUGCAUAUCUUGCAUCUGCUGGGAUUGAUGGGGUCAAAGUAGAUGUGCAGAACAUUCUUGAAACCCUUGGUGAAGGCCAUGGUGGAAGAGUACAGCUUGCCAGAAAGUACCACCAAGCCUUGGAGGCUUCCAUUGCUAGGAACUUCCCAGGCAAUGGAAUUAUAUCUUGCAUGAGCCACAAUACCGACAACCUAUACAGCUCAAAGAGGACUGCUGUUGUGAGGGCCUCUGAUGAUUUCUGGCCAAGGGAUCCAGCCUCGCACACAAUUCAUAUAGCAUCUGUUGCAUAUAAUACUGUUUUUCUUGGAGAAUUUAUGCAGCCUGAUUGGGAUAUGUUCCAUAGUCUCCACCCAAUGGCGGAAUAUCAUGGGGCAGCCCGUGCAAUUGGUGGUUGUGCCAUAUAUGUCAGUGAUAAACCAGGUAAUCAUGACUUCAGUUUGUUGAAGAAGCUUGUGCUGCCUGAUGGAUCUAUCUUGAGAGCCAAACUUCCAGGCAGACCCACAAGAGACUGCUUGUUCUCAGAUCCUGCCAGGGAUGGGAAGAGUCUUCUGAAGAUAUGGAAUUUGAAUGAAUACUCUGGAGUAAUUGGAGUCUUCAAUUGUCAAGGAGCUGGCUGGUGCAAAAUUGAAAAGACAAAUUUGAUUCAUGAUGAACAACCUGGCACAAUCACUGGUGUAAUCCGAUCAAAGGAUGUAGAUUACCUUCCAAGGGUGGCCGAUGAUGGCUGGAAUGGUGAUGCUGUUAUAUAUUCUCACUCCAGAGGAGAUGUGACUUACCUACCAAAGAAUGCAUCUAUACCGGUGACAUUAAAACCCCGUGAGUAUGAAGUCUUCACAGUUGUUCCAGUCAAGGAAUUAUCCAAUGGAGCCUCUUUUGCUCCCAUUGGACUGAUUAAGAUGUUCAAUUCUGGUGGAGCCAUCAAGGAGCUAAGAUACGGGUCCAUGAAGAGUGCAACCAUAGAAGCUAGGGUACGCGGUGCUGGCAUGUUUGGGGCCUACUCAUCAAUAAGGCCCAAGAGAAUAGCAGUUGAUUUGGAGGCAGUAGAGUUCACAUAUGAUGAGGGGUGUGGUUUGAUUGCCUUCGCUUUAGGUAUUCCACAGCAAGAUUUGUACCUGUGGUAUGUAACCAUAGAGCUGUAAAUGGUUAGGGUGCAUGAGGUUGUCAGUCUAUUGGAAGACAAACAAUUUCACUGCCUUGUGAAAACAUGUCGCAAGAUCUUUUGACCACCUUCUGAAACAUGCUGCGAGGUUUCAUGAAAUGGUUGAAGAGCUCUAUGAAUUGUUCAAGGAAUGGUUGAAGAGGAGAUCUAUGAAUUGUUACGCUUCAUACAUGCUGUGAAAGGAUUUGCUAUCUUGACCAAGAUCAGAAUCUUCUAUACUGCCUGAAAGUGGAGGUGUCUUUGCCUUGUGUCAUAUUUCUUGUGUUAUCUUUGCAAGGCAACACCUGAUUUGAAAGUGGUGCUAAGUGUCACUAGAGGAAAUGGUGCAGUUGAAGUCUUAAGAAGGUUAAGAGUUCAGAAUUUGUGGUUGCUCAAAACCUUAGCAUCGCUACAGAGCAUGACAUUAGCUGCUUCUUUUCAACCUUAUUAAGCUGGGCCAGGCAGCAGUUUUUGUGGUUUAUGCAUCCUGAUAUGUCAAUCUCAAAUCACUGGAAAUCAGCAUUUCAAGUUUCUGGAGUCUGCAAGUAUGUGUGGUUGUGCUACCCUUGUUGUGACUCCAUAAACAGCUCUAGUCUCCAUGAAAAGUUUUCAUCCUUCACUAGGAGGUUAUUUAGAGAAGGCUAUCACAUAACAGUUGCCAUGGUGUUCAGGUGGCAGAAUCUUGCUCUUUUAUAAUUGGGAAGGAUGCAAAUCCUUGUCUUAAUUCUUCAUUGUGGUUUUAAAUAAGGUGGCAGUUUCACUUC